AGGACAGCUCUGCAGAUAUAUCCAACACAACCACACGAGGAGACGCGCCAGCUCACGCAGAGGGGUGAAUGAUCAGACAUGAGGCAGAGUUCCUCCGUGAACAGGAGAGCGAGCAUCACAGAUCAGUCUGACGCCGCUCAUUAAUGACAGAACCGGCUCAUACUGAGUUCUGUAAGCUCGUGGCUCAGCUGCAGGAUGGCUGUGGCUCAGUAGUGGGUCGCGGUGGAGAAUCCCUGUUGUAGAUGACUCGUGUUCGGGCGAUGCUCGAUGCUCGAUCAGUCUCCUGCACACACUGGCGUACCCAUAAUGCACCUGUGCUGUGACCGCAGGAUGUGCAGGCUCUCCGUGACGGGCUGAGCGAGGUGAACGGGUCUCUGCGGGUCCAUCAGUCCUGGUGCAGCGAGCAGAUCCAGAGCGCACACUUCCUGCUGUCCAACCUCAGCCAAUGGGUGUCUGCGCUGGAGCAGAGCGCCGCCACCGCCGGCCCUGCAGCCGC